UAACCCAGUGGAUUUGUCAAUAUAAAUCUUCGCAAUUUUCAUCGUCUCUGCAUACCAUCAGAGCUUUUUGAGCAUUACAAUCCUUUUCUCAGCACAUCACGCUUAACAUUUCUCCUUUCUAUACCACAAGAAGCAAAAAUGGCCGUCACCUACUUUACCCAGGAGCUCACAACUUCUAUCGCUCCGUCGAGGAUGUUCAAGGCUCUCGUCCUCGACUCCCACAAUCUCAUUCCCAAGGUCGCCCCUCAGGGUAUUAAGAGCAUUGAGUUCGUUCAAGGAGACGGUAGUGCUGGAAGCAUCAAGCAGACCAACUUUGCCGAUGGCGGUCACUUGAAGUGGUUGAAGCACAGGAUAGAUGCGGUUGAUGCAGAGAAGCUUGUGUGCAAGUACACCCUGAUCGAGACCGACACUGCAUUCGACGAGAUUGAGUCUGUGGUGUCAUAAGUGCUUAAUCAAGUGAACCAAGUCUUGUAUAUGAUAUCGUGUUUGACAGAUUCGAGAAACUUCAUUAGAGUUGAAUUCGACCCUGCGGACAGCUCCUUUUAGGAGCCAUCAGCCCAAAUACAAGCUUAAUUCUUUCUUUGUUAAUUCAUUUUACGGAUAAAGUACAAACAGUACACAUAUAACUGACAAA